AUGCUUCACAGACCCAAGAGUCAGUGCUGCAAGCUUGAAGUAGACCCUGAGGCCCCAGGAGAGACUCACAUCCCAGUGGCUGCACAGGUUCCUGUAGCUGAGGAGGAGGAGACUGCCUCCUCCUCUCUCUCGCCUUUGAUCCAGGGCACCGCAAAGGUGGUGCCUGCUGCUGGGACACCAAGUGUUCCCCAGAGUUCUCCACCCAUGCUCACUGCUGUCGCAGCCAGUCCAUCAAUCAAAUCCAGUGAAGGCUCCAGCAGCCAAAAAGAGGGUGCAAGCGCCUCCCAGGCUCCACCAGAUCCUGAGAUCUUGCUCAGUGAUAGGCUAGACAACAAGGUGGCUGACUUGCUGCAGUUCCUGAGUGACAAAUAUGUAAUAAAGGAGCCCUUCACGAAGGCAGAAAUGCUGGAGAAUGUCAUCAGAGAGGAGAAGGACCACUUCCCUGUGAUCUUCAAGAAAGUCUGUGACUGCGUGGAAACUGUCUUUGGCAUUGAAGUGAAGGAAGUGGACCCCGCCAGCCACUCCUACAUGCUUGUCAAAUCAGCGGACCUCACUUACGGCAGGAUGCUGAGUGAUGACCAGGGCGGGCCCAAGACCAGCCUCCUGAUACUCAUCCUGGGCGUGAUCCUCGUGGAAGGCAACUGGGCCUCUGAGGAGAGGCUCUGGCAAGUGCUGAAUGUGAUCGCGGUGUGUCCUGGGAAGAAAGAUUUCAUCUAUGGGGAGCCCAGGAAGCUCAUCACCGAAGAUUUGGUGCAGGAAAAGUACCUGGUGUACCAGCAGGUGCCCGACAGCGAUCCUCCACGCUACGAGUUCCUGUGGGGGCCGAGGGCCCACGCAGAAGCCAGCAAGUUGAAAGUCCUCCAGUAUCUUUCCAAGGUCAGUGGAAUUGACCCCACUUCCUUCCAAUCCUUGUAUGAUGAAGCUUUGAGGGAUGAGGAAGCGCGAGCCUCUAUGAGCACUGCCACCAGUGAAAGUUCCAGCAACCUGUCCAGCAGCUCCUGCACUGAGUGA